UAACUACUUUCAUUUUCAGAUACGUGCGUUACAAUGCGCACAUAGGGGAUAAUACUGUUAGAUUAUUUAGUGUUGUAAUGUAAACACCCUUAGACCUACUUGUAAUCGUGUCAUAAAGCGUGAGUGUAAUGUACUACAUAUAUGUAUAUAGAUAUAUAGACUUCAUACAAAGGAAGAGAAAGAUGGAAACUGAAGAAAAAUAAAGAACAAAUGCUGUUCUUACACAUCUGAGUAACAAGUGACAUGCAGCAAACCAAUGUAGAUUAUAGUAAGGAAUUAUAUCGAUUUGGUUCUUUUGAGAAUUACCCUACGGGUGGAAGAUCACCCUUUCAACUAGCAAGAACAGGUUUUUACUCGCUAGGUAGAAAUUAUUCUGUAAAAUGUUAUUUUUGUGGGCUAGUGUUGGACGAAAUAAAAGAAAGCCCUGAUAUUUUACACCGAAAUUUGUCCCCCGGUUGUCCUUUGUUGAAUCGCCACGACUGUGGGAACAUCCCAAUAACUGUUACUUCGAAUGGUCUGGAAGGUCUUCAAAGGGCGAGAGAGUCAACAUUUGCAGCUACCGGUACAUCUAACAGUAAUGGGAAUCAGGCGAAAGCUUUAGUGGAGACACCCGUUCGUUUGGAUCUGGAUAGUCUUCAAAAAGCAAAAGGAUCAACUUUCUCAACUACCAGCGAUGACCAUCAGAUUAAAGAUUAUGAAGAAAAGCCAGUUCGUCCAGAUUUAAAAUCUGCUGAAGCUAGAAGAAAUCUCUUUGUGAGAUUAAAGUGGAAUGGUAGUGGGAUACAAUCUGUUAAUGCUAUGGUAGACGCUGGGCUGUACUAUACAGGCCUGGCUGAUUGUUGUAGAUGUUUUCAAUGUGGUGGUGGUUUAAAGCAAUGGAAUGCAUCUGAUGAUCCUAUUAUAGAACAUAUUCGAUGGUUUCCUUCCUGUGCUUAUGUGUUACAUAGAUAUGGUAGAAAUCUUGUUGAAACAGUUAAAGCCAUCUUUAGCUAUAAUGGCAAACUAGAGCUAACCAUUGAAGAAGUCAGAAAGGUAGAAGUUAUGAGACUUAAAGAUCCUACGUCAUCGAUGGCUAGUAUUAUUUUCAAGGUUAUGCAGGAACACCAUCAAGAAAAAAUUCAACACGAAUUAUAUGAACACCAAGAGAAACAGAAAGAUCUAGCGUCACUUAAAGAAGAAAAUAAGAGUUUAAAGAGAGAUAGGAUGUGUUGUGUUUGUAAAAUAACUUUACGUAAAGUUGUGUUUAUUCCAUGCGGCCAUCUUGUAACAUGUCGUCCAUGUGGUCAACAUUAUAAGAAUAAUAAAAUGAAAUGUCCUAUUUGUCAUCAAAAUAUAGUGGACAUAAUUAUACCCUUUAUGUCUUAAAUGUUUGUUGUUUUAUAUAUUCUUGGUGCAAGCAAUGUACCGGAAGUAGAUACGGUAGUCUUCUGUUGCUAUGUAUUGUUGUCACAUAGCGCCAUUUUGAUGUGUAUAUUAACUGAACGUUUAUAUUUGUGGAUAUUUAGAUUUAUUGAUGUAAAUAAAUUUGCCCAUUCGUAAAUAUUUGAUCAAAUCAUAGUGUUAGCUAUAAACGACAUACGAAAAUAGUAGAGUUUUUCGCCAAUGUUCAUUAUCUCUGGCAUCCAUAGACGGCAUUUACUUUUUCCUAUUUCCUGUAAGCGGGGUCUAUAAUAACCUUGUAAGAGCGGGUAUCAUUUUGUCGAACAGAAAAAGGUGAAUAUAUGAAAUAACAGCGACUAGAUAACAAUGCAAUUAAAUAAAACUCGAGCAGAUGUCGUUUUCCAUCUAUGAAAAAUAACCUAAACCCAAAUGCACUGGGUGUAAAAAAAAGGGAAGAAAAAAAUAAGUGAAACGAAUUAUACUGACUUGUGCCUCUGGAAUGAUUGGAUCGGAACAAUCAUGGAUAUUUCCCGUAUUUCACGAAACUCGAGAAAUUCUACACGGAUAACAUAGGAAGGAAAUUUACCAAAAUCACCGAACUACAAUGAGAUUGUGGGUUAAUGCGCCAUUCUGCUAUAAAUAAUCAAGUUGAUUAAUUUGGCACCCCAUUAUCUACUAAUAAUCCUUACUUAAUUUGGCUGGUAAGGAAACGAUAAGGCUAUCGUUUUCCUUUUAGCAAACUUGUUUUAUUUAUGUAUGUUCAUCGUGUAUAUUCACAUUUCCUUCAAAACAUUAUUUCGUCAUUUGUAAGAUAGAGAGAUAUUCUUUAAUUGUGGUUUUAUGUAUAAGCUUUACAUGAAGUAAUAAAUAAAAUUUACCAUUCCGA